AUGCGACAACAACCAAUCAGAGUCAAGUGUCCAUUUGCUGAUUGUGGCAGAGAAUUCCAUCCAAAUUCCCUAUCUACCCAUAUCAAGGCAAAACAUGAUGCAGAUGAACGAAAGAGAGUAGAGUCAGGAAGAUACUUGAAUGGAACGUGUGUUGACUAUGCAAAUGGGAUUUAUUUAGUUCGUAAACAAUUUCGAGGAACUGAUCAUCCUGUUCAUUGCCAGUUCAAGACUUCAUGUCCUGCCUCUGUGGUGUGUAGUGUUGAUACUUGUCGCCAACUAAGCAGUACCGCUUCUAGAAGUGGUCAAGCAAAUUUCCUGUGUGAUCAUCUUAAGUCCACACAGUUUAUAUGCCCUUCUGUUGUUGCUCAUCACUUACAAGAAGAUUCUCUUAAUUUUGUUGUUGAUACUUUAAAAUGGUUGAAGCUUGAACGAAAGUCAGAAUGUCUGGAGUGGCAGAAGGAAGCUGCACAUGACAACGUUCCACUAGUUGUUCAAAUGCCUCUUGCACCGGAAUCUUCUACUCGUUUUUACCAUUUUUCUGUAUUUGCCAAAAUCAAGAGAGAUCAUUAUUGGUCUUUUUGCAAAUGUGUGGUGGUUUCGUUUGACAAAGAAAACUCCUCCUUUCACUGCAAGUGCUGCUCUGGUCGUCGCUCUUGUAUGCAUAAAUGCAUUGCCAAGUGGGCAUUGCACAGUGGCAUCCUUCAGUCAUUCCCACAUCUACAACAUUGCAGAUGGAUGAGGAGAUCGGCGACACCCAAGAUUUCCCUACUGCAACUGACGAAAAUGUCGCUGAUGAGCACUCACCUGGCAAUGGCGAGAAUCUUCCCAUUCCAAGCACAAUGUUUUACCCUCCAGCUGGAAACGUUGCUCUCAACUUUGUCAAAUACUUGUUGGAUGAGAAGAAAAUCCCUCCGCAACUCCCAUUGGCAUUAACAGUUCAAAAAGAAAAUUUUGAUAAAAGGUAAUUAUGUCUAAUGCGCAAUAAGGUAGUACAUACAAGUUCAUGUAAUUUUGACAUGCAGUAUGAUCUUUUACGUUCCUCAAUUUGUAGGUUUACUGUCGUUCCAAUUGAAGUGUUCCUCAAAUAUUGAUUCAAUACAUUACCUCAGGCUGACCAAUUCAUUUGAUCAAGUUCCUCGAAAUAUUCAUACACUUCCUAGUGUAAUGGAAACUUCCUGCUGAAUAGUUUGAAUGCACCAAUCACCUUUGUUGUUUGUGCAACUAACCAAUCAUAAAUAGAAAGGAAGUGACCAAAAAUGAUCAAAUUCUUGGAAUUGGCUCUUUCACAGGAAGUGUAUGAAUAUUUCGAGGAACUUGAUCAAAUGAAUUGGUCAGCCUGAGGUAAUGUAUUGAAUCAAUAUUUGAGGAACACUUCAAUUGGAACGACAGUAAAUAUAAAAAAAUGUUUAGCUCAUUACUCGAUAUAAAUCGUUUCUAUUGCUUUCUAGUUAUAUCCCGACAGAGACCAAUUGCUUCUAUUGUAAAACCCAACUGACAGAGCCAUACUGCAUCACACAAAACGCUAAGCUAGUGACACUUAAAGGAAUUAUUGAAGGUACGUAAUUAUAAUAUAGCAUUUGUACUUUCUGUGAUGAUAUAACGCAAUUUCAAAACGGAAAUUUAUUUCCUAGUGUUAUAAAAUAAUUAUAAAACAUCUUUCUGCAUUGGUAUCGAGUUAAACAUAUAUGAUAACCACGAGUGCAAGUUUGAAGUUUUCAUGUAAUUUGGAGAAUAUCCAUGAAAUAUGUUCUAUAUUUCUUUAAGUACUAUUUAAAAAACGAGCAGGAGUGUUUUAUUAGGUUUAAAGCCACGAGCGUGCAGCGCGAGUGGCUUUAGACCUAAUAAAACACAACCUGCGAGUCUUCAUAUAAAAGAUCUUUCUCAGAUCUUUCUCAGAUCUCAGAUCUUUAUAUAAAAAUCUUUGUAUAAAAAUCUUUAUAUAGUUUGCAUAACAAUGGUCUUUUGUUAAAGUGUUCUUUAGCUGGUAUAAAGACGUGUGCACGUGACUUAUUUCUAACUCAAGAUUGGAUAAUUGCUUCAUGAAUUAUUAAUGAGUUUUUGAAUAUUAAUUGUAAUUUCUUCUUUCUCAGGAAUUUCUUUAUAUGUAAAGUUUUGUAACAACUGCAAGCUUCCAUAUCGGUAUCAAGAAUUUGCUGAUGGUGUUCACAAUUUUAAUGACAAUUGGCUUCUAAGUUAUGGAAUAUGUGAUAUGAUCAGAAAGCAUCUCCAGGUAUGAAAUAUGCGGUGUGUGAUCUUCUUAAUUGAUUCUCAGUGGAAGUGAUUUGCAGUGCCAAAUAGUCUUUUGAAAAUUAACGGGUUUGAAUUUAAAUUAUAUAUAUAUAUAUAUAUAUAUAAAUAUAUAUAUAACAUUCCAAUGUUUUCUUAGGUUCACAAUGCUGUAAGCCGAACAGUAGAAGCAAUCGAGAACUGGCUGCAGUUGCGUCCGUAUCAUUUACCGCGUGGCCCAAUGCUGAAUGCCUACCUUCAUUUUGAGGCCCUUUCAGAGCACAGCUAUGGUUUUUCAUGUCUUAUGUGUGGUCACUUUCCUCCUUUGCUAACUUUAGAUGCAUGA